AUGGCGGCCUCCGUGAGGCGCUGCGCCGUGGCCUGGCUGGUCCCCGCCGCGGGGCUGCUGGCGCUGCUGGCCGGCCCGGGGGCGCUGGGGAAGCGGAGUGAAGUGACGGUGCUGACGGACGGGACGUGGCGGCAGCUGCUGCAGGGCGAGUGGAUGAUUGAAUUUUAUGCUCCCUGGUGUCCUGCCUGUCAGAACCUGCAGCCUGAAUGGGAAAAGUUUGCUGAAUGGGGGGAAGAUCUUGAAAUUAACAUUGCAAAAGUGGAUGUCACAGAACAGCCAGGUCUGAGUGGGCGAUUUGUCAUAACAGCACUUCCCACUAUCUAUCAUUGUAAAGAUGGAGAGUUUAGGAGGUACCAGGGCCAAAGAACUAAAAACGACUUCAUAAAUUUCAUCAGUGACCAAGAAUGGAAGUCUGUUGAACCAGUUUCUUCUUGGUUUGGUCCUUGCUCUGUCCUGAUGAGCAGUAUGUCUGCUUUGUUUCAGUUGUCCAUGUGGAUCAGGAAUUGCCACAAUUAUUUUACAGAAAAAGUUGGUAUGCCAGUUUGGGGAUCAUAUGCUAUUUUUGCAUUGGCAACUCUGUUUUCAGGACUGAUACUUGGACUUAUCAUGGUAUUUUUAGCAGACUGUCUCUGUCCAUCCAAAAGGCACAGACCGCAGCAGCAUCACUAUCAAAAAAAAUUAGCACCAGAAUCAGCCCGGCUCUUGAAAAAACUGGAUGAAGAACAAGAAGCAGAUGAGGAGGAUCUUUCAGAUGAUGAAGCAGAGGAUAAAGAGUUAGCAGACAGAAACUCUUCAACAAAUGCUGUAAGACAGCGUCCUGUGAACCUUGCUGCUGCCACAGAUAAAUCAUAGUU